AAUGGUGGAAAAUUACAACCGAAGCUGACAUCCUAGAAAUUUAUGGAACGUUUUGCUUGAUAUUUUUACGUUGUAGGAACAGCUUAUUGAACAUAAUGUGUUGAAAGAACUUGCCAAAUACCCUGGGUUACUCUACAGAUGAUUUUAAUGGCUCGCAUCAAGCUCAGGUGACCAAAAAUGAGGUCGUGAAGUCUCAGGAUUUAAUCUCUGGCCUCAGUCCCUUAUAAAUACUUACCCUUCCACGUGUCUGAAUAAACCUAAGUGAUAAGAAAAAAGAAACAAUGCCUCGAUCAAGGAGUCGCAGCUCUUCACCGAAGAAAAAGCAUAAACACAGCCGGAGGUCGCGCUCCCGGUCCAGGGACCGCGAGUCCUCCUCGUCCCGUCGGUCAUCGCACAAGCGCUCCCGCUCAAAGUCCAAGGAGCGACGGGAGCGGGAGCGCGAGAGGGACAGGGAGCGCAGGCACCAGCGAUCGCACUCCAAGUCUGGGCGCAGCAGCCCCGUCGUGGACAUUUUCGGCCGGGACCUGAGCAAGCGGAACGAGCUUGAAGAGAAGCAGAAGAAGGAAGAGGAAGAACGGCGGGCAGAGAUGGAGAGACAGCGCAAGAUUCGGCAGCAGGAGAUGGAGGCCCGCCUGAUCGAGGAGGAGGUGGCCAAGCGGGUGGAGGAGAUGGUGGCCAAGCGGGUGGAGCAGGAGCUGGAGAAGCGGAAAGACGACAUCGAGGCGGAGGUGCUGCGGCGGGUGGAGGAGGCCAAGCGGGUCCUGGAGGCGGCCAUGCUGGAGGAGAUGGAGCUGAAGAAGCAGCAGGAACUGGAGGCCCAGAAGGCCAAAGAGGAGGACGAGAGGAGGAAGCGAGAGGAGCUGGAGCGCAUCAUGGAGGAGAACCGGCGCAAGAUGGAGGAAGCCCAGAGAAAGCUGGCUGAGGAGAGGCUGGAGAUGGUUGAGCGCCAGCGUAAGAUGGACGAGGAGCGACUGGCAUUCGUUCAGGAGCAGCAGCGGCUGCAGAAGGCCGAUCAGGACCUGAUCCUGAACAAAAAGAGCGCUCGCCCCAAGCUCUCUUUCGGCCUGAAAAAGCCAUAGUCUGCCCCUCCUCUUUCCUCCAGCCAGUCUCCGCCCCCCACCCCCUCUAUCAGUCUUUUACACCUCGUCCCCUUGGUUUGGUGGUGAAUGGUGGCGAUCCGGGGGAAAAUUAAUUUCCCCCACCCCCCUCUGAGUCACCGUGUCAGCUCUGGCUGGGUGAACUUUUUUGGCUGCAAGUUGAUGAGAGUUGCAGUGCACCACGUGGAGGCGAUUUGCUAUGCUCCAAGGAAGUCGACUGCUGCCCUUUUUUUAUUUUUUUAAUGUUGGUAUCAAUCGUUGAAGUAGUCUCCCCCUGAAGUGAACGUUUCACCGGCAUAUUCAAGUUCUUUCAAAAUGUCUGAAAGGGAAUUGUCUUAAUCUUGUUGAGUGAGCAAGCCAUGGAGUGUUUCCCAUUUUUUUUGGGGGGGGGGUACCAUGUACAGAAUGGGAGAUUUUAAGAACUGUUCUGUUAGGCUGCUGGGUUGUUUCAGAACAUGUCUAAAGUACAGAUUGUAAGACUUGGACUCAAUUUUCCUGUGUGAUUUUCAAAUCUCAAAGCCUUUCAUGACGUCAUUUUUGAUCUGAAAAUUUUCUCCUGAAGUUGCUCAUUGAUUAGUGUUUUGUCAAUUGAGGUAGACCAAAAUGAUAGUUUUGUUUGACAAAAAAUAAAAUCUGAAACAGACUUCACACACACAGAGUUAAUUGAAGCAGUGGUAAAACGUGAAGACGUGUUCGCCUUGGAAGUCAGUCGUAUGCAUGUGACAGCCUCAGUCGACUUCUACCACUCUCAGAUGGUGGAAAAUAUUUCUAAGUGGCCAUGGCAGUUCAGCCUGUAGUCUGCAUUCCACCAUUUCAGGUGAGAAAUUGCAAAAACCGCUUCACUUGGGAACCUGCUUGCCGUAUUUGUUGAGAUUUUGACAAGUCGAAAGUUUGCUCUCCCGUACGGAAUGUUAAAAAAAUGUUUGAAAAAGUACAGGCAAGUCUCCUUUCUUUAGGGGAGAGGCCAUGGUCAGUUCUAAAAAGGGCCGCGGUUUUGGUGCAGCCACUGUUGAAAUAUUUUCCACACACGGUUUGUUAAACGUGUUUAUUAAUUUUUGUGCACUAUUGCGCCAGGUGUGUCACCUCAAGCCGCGAUGUAUUAUGAAUUAAGAUUGCCAGUAAAUGGGAUGAGAUAUAAUUAUGGGAUGAGGGGUAUAGUUUUCCACAAGCCCAGGUUAAACCCCACCCUUAUGGUUGUAGCCCCACCCUACAGUUUUAACCACACCCCCGUAGUUCUAGCACAACCCCCCCCAGUUCUGACCACACCCUUAAUUCUGGCCUCACCCCUACAGUUCUGACCCUCCCCUCGCAGUUCAAACUGCACUCCCCCCCUCUGCACCCGCCCCCAUGUUAGAGCUCUAUCCUCAUCCCUACCCUCAAAGUGCAGGCUCCCUCAGUACAAGUAAAGUUCUAUCCACAGGGAAACCCCCCCUACGUCAGCAAAAAAAACCCCACCCUUUGAAAAAUGUGACGUUCAACCUAUCGACUAUCCUUCAUACGUAGCAACUCAGGACUCCCAAUUCCAUGGUUUACCAGUUGCAUUUAGAUUUUGAAUGUGUAUUAACUUCCUCAGACUUGAAUGGUAGAAGCAGGGCCAAGGCGUUCUUGUAGGAAUAGAAUGUACCUAAAGGUAUACACCUGCUUGGGUGUCACAUGCAGAGUGUGGACUGAUCCUUUAUUCACCUGUGGUCAAAAAGACUCGGGGAAAAUGCUCCUUUUUCUCCCGUUCUGAUAACUCGUUGGAGCUGGAAUUUUGUUCAUAGCUUCCUUGACUGUUCCUUACCCUGACCCCAAAAAUGCCUCCGAUUGUAUUUUUUCAGAGGGGAGAAAACACUGUGUGGACGCGAGUCCUCACUUCUACCCCUACGUUAGGGGGACUUCUUUUGUGCGCAGGUCCACACUACGUAUACUUGUACACUUAAUCUUUCUGUGGUAUGGAAUUCCUUGUUUUAUAGCCCUGUAUCCUAGUUCCCAAUGAUGGACUCGAUUCAUCCACAUUUGUUUCAAAAUCCUGCUUAACCCCAACAGUCCUCAAUCCUUCACCUGUUGGAGGACUGAGGACUGUUAGGGUUAAAGCUCCUUUGUGGAAGAGGCAGGAAAGCCAAUGUCCGUUGUAAGGUUGUCAUAGUGGCAAUCUCCAUAAGACAUAAAAUCUAUAUGGAGAAAAAUGGCUGUUGCCUCGGUAGACAGACAUCACGAUGGUGGUGGUUAAAUUAUGAAUGUGAAAAGUAUGUGUGGUUAAGGGGAUUUUAGCUGAAAGGUUUGAAAUAUGCAUCUCUUUAAAAAAGAUCUGCCCGGUCAAUCCGUAGAUGGCAGAAUACAUGUACUUUCCCUUUGUGGAACAGAUUUCAUCAAUAGAGGUAACAGCCAGAUGUCCUAAUUCCAGCCAGGAUCCCCGAGACCAAGCAGAUGUCUGUAUUUUCAGUAUUUCCAUUCCAAGUUACUACAUUAUUUGAUCCGUGCAUAGUGCAGCCGAGGGCGCUUUUGUAAAUGUCUGCUGAUGACUACCCUUCAGAGAGGCACACCCUUACCCGUGAACAUGCAAGUUUGCUUUUUUCGUCGUUACGAGCCUCUCCGAGACGAAGACUUCUUUAAAAAAAAAAAUAUACCAAAACUUUUCCUGGUAACUUUUUCCUCGUU